UUCCCCGUCGUAUCCAAAUUACGUGUUUCCGGUAGAGUCAGAAACAGAGUUUGUGUCAGACAUUUUGGACAGUGGUAUUCCUACACAAAGUCGAUAAGAAACAAGAAGACAAAAUGUCGUCGAUGAAGUCUAAAAAGAAACACAGGUCUAGGACCCAGAGAUACACAUCAAAUGUGUUCGCCAUGUUUAAUCAGGCCCAGAUACAGGAGUUCAAGGAAGCAUUCAACAUGAUUGACCAGAAUCGAGACGGUUACAUCGACAAGGAUGACCUCCUUGACCUGAUGACGUCACUGGGGAAGGACCCGUCCAACGAAUAUCUGGAGAAGAUGGUAAAUGAGGCCCCAGGUCCCAUCAACUUCACGAUGUUUCUGACACUCUUUGGCGAGAAAUUAAAUGGGACCGACCCUGAGGAGGUCAUUCGGAACGCUUUUGCUUGUUUUGAUGACAGGAAUGCAGGGUACAUAAACGAGGACUACUUGCGAGAGUGUCUGAUGACCAUGGGUGACCGAUGGUCGGAGGAGAUGGUGGACGAGCUCCUACAUGGGGCUCCAAUCUCUGGCGGCAUGUUUGAUUACGUCGAGUUCACGAGCAUGCUUAAACACGGAACCAAGAAAGAUGAUGACGGUAUUCCGUCACUUCCGCCCGACCAACAGGCGUUCAAACCGGCACAACCAUUGUAGUAGCCGGGAUAAUUCGUGCUGAUUGGAACAAAAACAAUUAAACUUGGUGAAAACAAAAAACAAAAAAGAAAAAAGAAAUCGGUUUGGCUGCAGAAAUGAAAACUGAUAUAGUUUCCGCUCCAUACCGAAUGUUUCAUUUUCCGAAGCAGACAUAGUUUCAUCUACUGAAACACAUAUGUGAUAUUCGCAUAAUCAAACUCUUUAAGACUAGUCAUUAAUGUACUUAUGUCUUUUCUGCAGUUUUUGAAUAUGUUUGGACAACAUCGAGUAUUCAAUGUUGACUGAACAUUUUACUGGAAGAACACAUUGUUCAAAUCAAGAACAUAGGGUCAUCUACACUUUGCAGUAGUGAAGGUUUGUUAAACUUGUAAAAAAACAAACUGUUUCCUGGUACAUUACGUCAAUGCGAGACUUUGAUGCCUUGCAAAUCCCUUAAUAUUGUAUCAAAGUGAUCAUUGGUAAACAGCGUAACCAUUUGCAACUGCUAUGGCGAACACUCCCGAGAUUAGUCUUUUGAGACUUUUAACAUUGAAUUUAGAAGACGACCUUUUCAAUAACAAAGUGGAAAUAAUAAUUUUGUUUACUACGUCACUAUAUCAUUUUGCACUAAACACCAGAUACUGACAAAUCUUUUAUUUUUGAGGGGGAAGGUAUUAUGAAAUAUGGGCGUUUUUCGUGGAAAUGACAAACUGAAUUUUGAAUGGUUCCUGAAUGAAAGGAAUACGUCUUCACUUCAGACAUAUUGAAACUAGUCAUAUUGUAAAAUCAUGUACUAUGAUAUUGGAUUACAUUUUAUGUAAGAAUUGUUUGAAAUGGAGACCAACGCAAGGCUACUUGUUCUUAGUGUAAAAGUGUACAACAUAUAGCCUUGCUGAAGUCCGAGAAUAUUCCAAGGGCAAUAAACCAAUCAAUUCAGUCAUCUUCGACUGUCGGAUACAUGAAAUAAAUUCUAUUAGACAUUGAAAGGUGCCAAAAAUAGACCAUGAUACUGCUGAUUAAAAAAAAAAAAACAAGAAAAAACGCGUUUUAGAUUCAAAGCUGACGUUGUGUUUUGAUAUAUGGUUACAUAUUUUUUAAAAAAAAUCAUUAUAUACUUUAAGCUUUUUUUUAUAUUGAAGUAGUAUUAAUGUAUAGAACUGCUGCCGAAAUUCUCAACACGAGUUAGUCGUGGUAAUUUGUCGAGACAAUGAUUUAUAUAUAUAAUACUUGGUUCAAAGUAUUCACUCGAGCAUUUAACAGUCCGCAUGCUCUUUUUUUGUAUUUGUGUGACCCGAAGUGUAUCAAGAUAACAGAAUCCAUGGAAUUAUCACCAAUCUUUUCACAAUAUCUGACUUAUCUGCAAUAUUCAAGGAAAUAUUUGACGAAUAUUCUGUUUAAAGAAUAUACAUUCUUCUUUUCGUCUAUUUCAUAUGAUGUAUUAAUUUUGUUGCUUUGUCAUGUAUUAAAUUUAUCUAUUUUUUUUUUUUUUUUUUUUGUAUAAUUCACUUUGUAUCAAUAUUGUAUUUGAGAAGUUAACCGAAGAGGACUAUUCUGACCAAUGAACAAUUAGUCAUAAACGGACUUCCACAGGUGCUAGCUUCAUCUGUCUCUACACUUGUUUCAAUAUAAUGACUGACAGAUGUUGCUAGCACUACGAGUCAUGUUGACUCCCGCAAUUUUGAUCAAGUCGAAUUUAUUCAUUUGUUUAUAGUAAUGGUUUAUAGCGUUAUGAAUUAUAGCUUUUUUUAAAAUCAAUCAUAUUACCAUUACCAUUUUAAAUUAAACUUUUGUUAAUUUUUGCCAUCCAUUGCCACAUCAGCAAUUAUUAUCAGUAUUUCCGAGAUCCAGCAACUUCUCGGCGGAUUCCGUAAAGACUUGAAUAAUUUCCGGAAAUAUCCGAGAAUGUAAUUGGAAACUUUUAAAUUGUACUAUAAUCGACCGUUAUUUAAGAAUGUGUGAUUGUUAUUGCAGGUUUCGGUAUGAAGUGGGCGAUUUAUACUCAUUAAAUCAAUCAAGAAAAAGAUCAGAUUUCAUUGUACAACAGAAAAAAAAUCUUUCCCUAAUAGAAAACAAUUAGCUAUGCAUGUGUACAUACAUGUAUAUACAUGUACAAGUACAUCCGUACUAUGGCAUUCUGACUGAUAUAUGUCAGUUGUAUGUUAAUAAAACAUAAUUAUAUUAA